UAAAAUAAAACAACUCUUUCCUCACGCCGUCUCCUCCUCCGCCUCUCUCCCGUUCCUACUUUCGCCGCCGUCGUCGUUCUUUUCCGCUCGUGCCUCCGCCGCGGACUUCUUUCUUCCGUUCGUUCCGGUGCAGCUCUCUGUUAGCGGUUUUGCGCUGAUUUUCUACUCCUUUGUUGUUACUGGAGCUGAGUGGAAGAUGAGUUUAAUAUCUCAAAAUGUUGCUGUAAUUAGUAGUACUGAGAAGGUUAAUGGGGAUAAUACUGUUGGCUCUUCAUCUCUGUUGAGAAAAGUAGAUGCUAGUGAUGUAGAAAACUCUGGUGCGGAUACUACUAGGGCAAAGAAGAGAAAGAAAGAACACAAAAAAGAAGAUGAACAAAUAGUAAAAGAACAACAAAAGGAAAUGGAGAAGCUCGAAAACUUUCUUUUUGGAUCACUCUAUUCCCCUGUUGAAUUUGGGAAGGAUGAAGAGAAAAAUGAUUUCAGUGCUGAAGAAAAGGCUCCUGCUUUGUACAUUAUGGACCGCUCUGCAAAUAAUUCCCUUUCCGUGUAUGAAAAUGAUGUUGGGCUCCUAGAUGAGAGCUCGAGUAAGGAGGAAGCUCAGCAAAGAAAACCGGUAUGGGUCGACGAGGAAGAGGAGAAGGCCUCAGUUAAUAUUACUAAUGUUAGUAGACUGAGAAAAUUGAGGAAGGAAGAAGAUGAGAAAUCGAUUUCGGGUUCAGAGUAUGUGUCGCGACUGAGGGCUCAGCAUGCCAAGCUAAACCCCGGAACCGAGUGGGCUCAACUUGAUGCACAAUCCAGGGGUGGCAGUGAUGAUGAUGAUGAUCUAUCAUCAGAUGAUGAAAAUGCAGUUGCAUUGGCUGAUGGUUACGAUAAUGUCGAUUCUAUCGAUGAUAUCCUUAGAACAAAUGAGAAUCUUGUAGCGAAGAGUGGUGCUAAAUUGUUGCCUGGUCUUCUUGAAUACUCGAGACUUGUCGAUGCGAACGCACAGGAGCCAUCAAAUGGUCCUAUCCAUUCGGUCCAGUUUCAUCGCAAUGCUCAGUUACUGCUAGCUACUGGGUUGGAUCGGAAGCUUCGAUUUUUUCAGAUUGAUGGGAAACGGAAUACCAAAAUUCAGAGCAUUUUUCUCGAGGAUUGCCCCAUACGAAAGGCAUCAUUUUUGCCUGAUGGAUCUCAGGUCAUCAUAUCUGGGAGGAGAAAGUUCUUCUAUAGCCUCGAUCUAGUGAAGGCAAAAGUAGAUAAAAUAGGCCCUCUUGUAGGUAGAGAGGAGAAAAGCCUUGAAGUUUUUGAAGUUUCUCCUGAUUCUAGCACGGUCGCAUUCAUAGGUAAUGAAGGCUAUAUCCUGUUAGUGUCGACCAAAACAAAGGAGCUAAUCGGGACGCUUAAGAUGAAUGGAACUGUUCGUUCCUUGGCGUUUGCCGACGAUGGACAACAGCUACUGAGCUCUGGUGGCGACGGGCAGGUCUACCACUGGGAUCUGAGAACAAGAACGUGCAUCCACAAGGCUGUCGACGAAGGUUGCAUCAAUGGCACAGCACUUUGUACGUCUCCUAACGGAGCAUUGUUUGCAGCGGGUUCUGACAGUGGGAUCGUUAACAUCUACAACAGACAAGAAUUCUUAGGGGGCAAGAAGAAGCCAUUGAAGGCCAUUGAGAAUCUGACCACCAAAGUAGACUUUCUCAAGUUCAAUCACGAUGCUCAAAUAUUGGCAAUCUGUUCAAGGAUGAAGAAAAGUAGUUUGAAGCUGAUACACGUACCUUCUUUUACCAUAUUUUCGAACUGGCCGCCGCCGAAGAAGAACCUUCAGUACCCUUCAUGCUUGGAUUUCAGCCCCGAAGGAGGCUACAUGGCUGUCGGAAAUGCUGCUGGAAAGGUAUUGUUGUAUAAACUACAUCAUUAUCAGCAUGCUUAGAUUUGAUCUCCAUAGGCUUAAUCAUAAUGGAUUGCUACAGUUUUGACACUUUUAUUAUUAGUUCUUACAAUCAGCUGUUACUUCAGCGAAGUGUCUGAAGUUUGUACCUUGUUUACUUAUUAAGAGUCUGUUCUUUUGUUAAAAGAUUAGAACUUGAUAUUAAGCGAUUCUUUGAACUACGUUGCUCAUAUCUACCUCGUA